CGGGGUGCCAUGGAGGAGCCGCCGCCGCCCGCCUGAUCCCCGAGGCCGCCGGCACCGAGACAAAGAGCGGGGCUGCGCCCGCGCCCGCCCGGCCGAGCCAUGGUGGAGCCGCCGGCCGAGCCUCCCCCGCAGCCCUGCCCGACGCCCGGGGGGGCAGCGGGGGGAGAGCCGGCCCGUCCUGGAGAGCAGUCGCCGCUGCUGCACCUGGACCUGUACAACUUCGACUGCGCGGCGGCGGAGGGCAGCCGGUACGUGCUGACCAGCCCGCGGUCGCUGGAGGCCUGCGCCCGCUGCGCCGUGCGGCCCGUGGAGCUGCUGCCGCGGGCGCUGGGGGACCUGCUGAGAGAGGCGCCCGGGCGCUCCAUGCGGGUGGCCGCCGGCCUCUACGAGGCCUACGAGCGGGAGCGCCGCCGCAAGCUGCAGCAGUGCCGGGAGGAGCGGGAGAGGAUUAUCCGCGAGGAGAAGAGGCGGAUCCUCGCGCCCCUCGGCAGCCUGCCGCCUUCGCCCGCCGCCCGCGUCUCCUCCCGGGCUGCGGCCGUAGCUGCCGGCGGGCCCCGGACCCAUGGCGGGGGGAAGGCCAGGGCAUCGAGGGGUGCCAAGGGAAAGAGCCACUCCCUGGACUCGCUGCAGAAGCGGCGCGAGGGUAGCUGGGGCAAGACCUCCUCUGAGUCGGGCGCUUCGUCGUCCUACAGCGGGGAGAGCCUGCGGGAGCGGGGGGGCAAGGUGUGCGGCCGGGGUCGGGGGGUAGCCGCCGCCAAUGGGACUCUGCUGGGGCGCAGCUUCAGCCUGGGCGACCUCAGCCACUCACCGCAGACUGCCCAGAGAGUCGAGAGGAUCGUCAGGGAGGUGAAGAGGAAGAAGGGUCUCUCGGAGGUGCCAGAGAGAGACAAGAAGAUCGCGGCACUGAUGAUCGCCAAGCACCAGGAGGCCAACAUCCUGCGGGAGCAGCGGCAGGCAGCACACCUGCAGUGGGACAGCCAGCGGCGCCUGGCUGAGCAGCGGAAAGAGCAGGAGGAGAAGGAGAAGCAAAGGGCCCUCCUGCAGGGUCAGCGGAUGUGGGAGAGCCAGGUGGAGAAGCGGCGAGGGAGACUGAACCAGGAGCAGGAGGAAGCUGCCCUGAUGAAGCAGAAGCAGCUCCUGGUGUGUGAGGAGAGGUGGCGAGAGCAAGCGGAGAAGCAGGAGCGGCUGCGGAGGGAGAGGCUGGAGAGGGCCAUCAAGGAGGACAAGCAGAAAAAGCUCCAUCAAGAGCUCAACCUAAAGGCAAAGGAGGAGGUCAAGAAGGAGCACCAGGAGCGAGAGGAGCAGCUCCUGCAAGAGAAGCUGUCCACGGCUGCACAGAAGAGGCUGAAAAAGGAGGUGCAGCUGCAGAAGGAAAAGAGACUGUUCAACCAAGCAGAGAAGCUGAAGCAUGAGGCCUUGCUCAAGGAACUGGCCAAGCAGGAGGCAGAAGAGAAGGAAAUGCUGAAGGCAUCCCUGAAGAUGAGUUUGACAAAGGCUCAGGAGAACUAUGAACAACUUGUGGAGAAGAGGAACCAGGAGCUGAGGGAGAAGGCCAGGCGUGAGGACAUGCAAAUCCAGAGAGCUAAACUGGCAGCAGAGAAAAAGGAAAGAGAGCAGAAGGAGCACUUGGAAGCACUGGCUAGAGAGACAGAGAGAAAGCUCCAGCAUGCUGCCCAGGUGGCUGAAGAGGCUGUCCAAGAAAAAGCCCGCAAAGUGGUCUUGAGCCGUCUGGAAAAGGAAAAGGUGCAGAAGAUGAACAAGCAAAAGGUGGAACAGUAUGAGGACUUAAGGCGCAGGGAAAUUCUCCUCUCUAUAGAGAGGAAGCUGGAGAGAAGUGAGCAGAUCUUCAAGGAGAAGAAGACUGUUUUAGAAAAUGCCAGGUCUGUUGCUCGAGCAUCCUUCCAUGUCCGGGAAAAGGUGCGGGAGGAGACGAACACACGCACCUUUGACAAGAUGGCCUUCGAAGCAGAACUGCAUGCUCAGCUUAGUAAGAAAUGAAAGAUCUUGUCAUGGAUGAGUGAGGAUGCACCACUGGUUGUCCAUCAUAAUGUGACAGAGAGCUCUGUGGCAUGAGCAUUUAAAAAACAAUGAAAACCAACAUCCACCCUAAUUUCGUAUUUUGGGGGAGCAGGGUACCGCACAAAAAUGUGGCAGCUAUUUCACGUACUGUUUUAAAUACAUCUUUUGUUCUGGGUGUGUUUUAAAAACUGACCUCAGUCAUCCUUACAGAGAGGAAGCAAGUUUUUCUGUCCUCCACCCCGCAAGCACAUGCAUUUUUUCAGAGAGGGCUGCAAAACCUGCUUGAAGCCUCUGAGUUACUGAUUGAUUGUUUACACCAGAGAUGACUACAGCUGCACUCUCCAGCUGGAAAUGCAAACAGAGGUUGCUGACUACUGGAGCCUGCUGAAAAAGAACCAAAACCACCCUAGCUGAUUCUGCCUGGAGUGAUGGGCAGUUUGGUUUAAGUUACGGGACUGCAGUUUCCAAGCUGCUGCAAUCCCAUGCUGAAGGUGAGGAAGGCUGGAGUACAGAAUGCCAUAUACCCUGGGUGCCCCUUGGCUGCUAGUAGCAAGCUAGGGAAAGCACAGAUCGAGGCCAUGUAAGUAGACAUCAUGAUCAGAGCUGGGCAGAAGCUGUCUGAAAGUGCUCGCAAACACAAUUUCUUUUUUGCUGUUACCCCUCCCAAGGUAUCCUCACCUCUCCUCCUUUCCAAGUUUCUCUUACCAACAUCUGUAGAAUUCCCUCAUUUCUUUUGGAGGAGGAAAAAAAGGAAAGAAAUUUGUGGACAGUCCACAAACCGACGAGCACCCACACAAGCCACUUGUUCAUUAAAAUAUAAAAAUGAAUGAACCUGUGGAAUCUGGACUUUGGGGAAAACACAGAGGGCACUUGUAAAUGGAAAUCACCACCCUCAGGAAUUCUCAAAACUCAAGAAGACCCUCAGCCACCUUAUCCAAUUUGCCCUGUCUUGAGCGGGCGGUUGGACCAGAUGUUCUCCAGAGUUCCAACCUUAUAGUUCUCAUGAGCUGCAUACAAUGACACGUUUGCCCAGCUCUUAUCAGUGUCUACUGAGCAGGGCAGCAUUUCUCUGCCACUGGUGCUAAGAGUUGUAUUCUUACGUAGAGCACAAGAAAGAGUAGAUGCACAAAAUAAGGUACAUUACAGAUUCUCUUAGAUGAGGAUCAUGUCUUUUUUAUAAGAGCUAACUCAAUACUAUUUAGGAGGAACUGAGUCCUUCUGCAAUUAAAUACACCAGAAAUGUGAAAAGCCUA